AUGUUAUGUACUAACGAACUUAGAGCUGCCCCGAGAAAGCCGAGAUUGAGUUCAGCAGCGCAGAAUCCUAGCUAUUACUACUCAAACGUCGACGGUGUACCAGGGACCUACUCAUUCGGGUAUGAUAUAUUGGAUCCAGAGACUGGAAACAUUCAGUUUAGGACUGAGGAAAGAUAUCCCAAUGGUACCGUCGUGGGGAGCUAUGGGUACAUUGAUCCACGCGGCAGAUCACGACGAUUUGAUUAUGUUGCUGACGAGAAUGGAUACAGAGUAUCAAACGAAGGGCCAGUCAGUGAAAAAUAUGUACAAAUAGCAGCUGAUAUAAAGAGUACAUCAACGGAAUCUUCGGUCUCGUGGAGCCGGCCAAGGAAAGUUAAAAAAAAUAAGACGAAAACUCUGAAGACACCAUCAAAUGUUCUCGAACCACCACGUUUUACUUUUCUUGAUUAA